AUGCCCACAGAUUCUCGCUACAGCCUCGGCACAAACCCGCGGCUAGCCGGUCACGGUCUCUUCAAUGCCGGGGGUGAGAGCAGGCUUGACAAGAUGGGUCGGAUCCACGGUCUGGUCGCCCAGGACACCGACGACGCUGCCAUCCACGGCGACCGCGAUUAUCGUCACACCGUCCUCGGUGGCCAUGCCAGCUACGGUGAUCACGUCGCCAACGGCGGCAACAGUGGCCACGCAGCCCGCGGUGGUCAUGCCCCCUGCCGCCAGGACCCCAGCUGCCAGGGCAGCGCCAGCUACUCGGCCCCAACAACCCGCUACUACUGCCAGGGCAGUGCCAGCGCCACCGGCCCACUACUAUUGAGCGCCAUCGUGCCUACCGCCGUGCACUGCGACUCCAGCUUCAUCUAUUGCGGCUGCGAGAGAUCGACAACGGCGAGCACGGGAUCCGCUUUAUGCGUCAGAGCCUGCCCACCUCACUACAGGGCAACACGCACGCGGACGGCGACUUCCGGCUGGAGAAGCGCUAUCUGCUCUACAUGGCGGAAGAUCCUGCAGGAUCACCGAAGCCGAUCUUGCAAGCUGAGAGGGUGUCUACCUCGCCAAGUACGGCGUCACCACCCAACUGCUGAUCGACCGGCUCGGGGAUUCAGGUCCGAUCUCAUCCGCUCGGGCGUUCCCGCUGAGGCCAUCGACAUCCACGUCUUGGCGACCAUCAUAGGCGGGUUGCCGCGGUCUCCCCUGAAGCGGAUCCAGCUCGAUCACGGACUGCGAGCCGCGUUCGAGGAUGCUAGCAUGCGCUACAGGUACAACGCCACGGGGCAUGAGCAGACACGCGACGUGCACCUCUGCACUGUCGAGGAGGAGGCUCCAGUCCCGUCGGCCAGAGAGGCGGAGGACUACGAGGAUUUCAUUCCUGUAGGAGACCAAGACGAGGAUGAUGAAGAGAUCGAAGCUCUCGAUCUGGAGGCGACGGCGUCACCUUUCAGAGGAGAUCGCUCAGUUUUCAGGGAAAGGACCGAGUUCUUGCUUUUCAAAAUUACACCCAAAUAUAUAUUUUGUAUAAAAUUAUGA